CCACCUGGGAGGCUGGCUCAAAGCUGUGACCUGGGGUAGCAUCAUCUCCUGUUAACUUAUGUUAGUUUAAAAACAUUCCCUCUGUUGAGAGAGCUCAGCAUGGGCAUUUACUAAUGGCAGAUUAUUCUGUGACAUGGGGCUGUGGUCAUCCGUUCGUUAAUGCCCACUGGCCACCAUUUCAGUGCUGGCUGCCACGUUAGGGCCUAGAAAUACAGAACAGAAAGUCAGCUCCUGGCCUCGGUGAGCCUGAAAUCUGGGCGGUCAGAGCGCAGUGGAAAGACAGCUCCCAGGCCCCGCAGUGACGGAAGGAUGCCAAGCUGGCUGCAGGCAUGUCCAGCCCGCCCCUGGCUUCCCUGGGGCGGUGAUGUCAGCCGUGGGCUUCAUGGGAUGAGCUGGAGCCAACUCGGUGUGCUUGGCUUGGGCGGGAAGAAAGCGCUGCAGGCGGAGAAGGGCAGGCACACACGUAGAGGUGCGAGAGGGGGCCCAAGCCAGGCCUGCAAGGACGCCAGAGCAGGGAAGGCCGUUUCGGACAUCCUCCAAAUAGACCUGCGCCAUGAUUGCAAGAAAAGCCAGCCCCCGGGUUCCUCCUGAUAAAGCGCUCAGUGCUCUGAGGAACUCAGUGUUUUCUCUUGGGCAGUCAUUUCAUGUCUUUUAUUGUGAGAUUUUUUUUUUUUUUUUUUUUUUUUUUUUUUUUUGCGGUACGCGGGCCUCUCACUGUUGUGGCCUCUCCCGUUGCGGAGCACAGGCUCCGGACGCGCAGGCUCAGCGGCCAUGGCUCACGGGCCCAGCCGCUCCGCGGCAUGUGGGAUCUUCCCGGACCGGGGCACGAACCCGCGUCCCCUGCAUCGGCAGGCGGACUCUCAACCGCUGCGCCACCAGGGAAGCCUUAUUGUGAGAAUUUUAAUUUCAGUAUUCACAUUCACAUUUCUGAGGGUCUGUCCCCCCUGGCAAGACAGGCUCAGCUCACCUAAGGGGGCCUCAGCCGAGGUGAGGAUCCAAGAGAUGGUGAAACUGGGCCAUGAGCUGAUGCUAUGUGGGCUGGAUGACCACGAGCUCCUGAAGGGCCGGGCCUGUGCCCAGAAGCAGCUGCGCUUCAUGGACCAGCUGCUGGACGUGGUCCGGAGCCUGACUGUCGGAGGCUCCAGCUGCCGCAGUGUGAAAGAGCACUUCGAGGACACCCGGGAGAAGAAUGAGGCGCUGCUGGGGGAGUUCUUCUUGAGCCCCCACCUGCAGAUGCUCCUGAGCCCCGAGUGUGACGCGUGGCCCCUGGGCGUGCAGCCACUUCUCGACAAGCAGAGCAAUGCCUGGCAGAGGGCCAGCCCCUCCAUCGAGUCAGAGGACGACAAGGUGGCAGAGCUGGCCCGGCAGCUGCAGGAGAGUGCCUCGAAGCUGCAGUCGCUCAGGGUGGAGUGCUUUGCGCAGCACAAGCAAGGAGCCGCUGUGGGUGGGGCCGACGCCAGCACCCUAGACCAGAAGCUGCGCCUGGUCAUCUCUGACUUCCGGCAGCUCAUCGUGGCUUUCCUGCAAGUCUAUGACGAUGAGCUGGGAGACUGCUGCCAGCGCCCAGGCCCCAACCUCCGCCCGUGCGGCCCCAUCAUCCAGGCCGUGUACCAGACUCUGACCUCAUGCAGCCAACUGUUGAAAGCGGUCGUGGAGGUCACUGACACCUCGGUGAAAGCCGUGCGGAUGGCGAAGCAGCAGCAGGGCAAGCAGAUCUGUUGGGGCAGCAACAAUUCUGUGAUGAGUCUAGGAAACACCAACAAGGAGAAGCGCAAGCAGGCACCCUUAGGAGUUAAGAAUGGGGCGGAUAAACAAAACAAGGACAAAGAAAAGCAGCACAGAGGCCUGAUGCGGAGAAAGGAAGGAAGGAGGAGGGCGGAGGUCGCAGAGCUGAGGGCUGAGUACAGAGCAGGUGGACCGCGAAGACGCAUCCCCAGGCCUAGUCUCCUGCAAUCUGGAGUAGCAGGGACGCAGCAGCAGGGCCCAGGCUUCCAGAGACAACACGACCCAGCCAAGCCCUGAGCCAAGAGAAGGCAAGGCAGGACGAGGGCCCGGAACAAAGGAGAGACGUGUGAGCUGAGGACGCGCCCGGGGUCGGGGGAGCCCCGGGAGCAGAGCGGGGCUGGGGCGUCUAGAGGUUGGGAAAACCUGAGGAGUUAGUAAAGGCAAGUGACACCCCCAAAUCCUAUCUGCGGAGAGACGUGACCGUCCCCAGAGGGAGUGUCGAUGGUGAGUAGGGAGGGUGGCUGAGGCCCACCGCGUGAUUCCUGACUUCAGAGUCGCCCUUGGGGUGGGCGCGACCAAAUGCCAGUUGCUGUGUGGGAGGGCAGAGGAUGGGUGUGCACCGGUUGCUGGUCUGACUAAAAUCCACACAGCAUCAAAAUCAGAACAGCCCCUCGCUCCUGGGCUCCGGGGACAGGGGUGGGCAGGGACGUGGCCAAGCGAGUGGACCCCGGCCUGGGGCUCGGCCUGGCGCCCGCGGGGGCUUCCAGCCGUGCUCACCGGGCCCUGGCUCCCUUCACGGCUCCUGGCUCGGGGGUGGGGGUGGGGGGUG